AUGCCGAUCUCCGUCAUUCCGUAUCGCUCGAGCAAGCUUCGUCCCGGUGGAGUGUCUGGUUCCAUCGCGAAGACGGCCACGGCGCCGAUCGAACGCGUGAAACUUUUGAUUCAAACGCAAGACGCGAACCCGAGAAUCAUGUCGGGCGAAGUGCCGCGAUACACGGGCAUCGUCAACUGCUUCACGCGCGUGAGCGCCGAGCAAGGUUUCGGUUCGUUCUGGAGAGGUAACACCGCGAACAUCGUGCGUUACUUCCCGACGCAAGCGUUCAACUUUGCGUUCAAGGAUACCAUCAAGGGUUUGUUCCCGAGCUACUCGCCGAAGGACGCGUUUUGGCCGUUUUUCGCCGUCAACAUGGCUUCGGGCGGUUUGGCCGGUGCCGGUUCUUUGUUGAUUGUUUACCCGCUUGAUUUUGCGCGUACGCGUCUCGCUGCCGAUGUCGGCAAGGCUAACGACCGUGAAUUCACCGGUUUGGUCGACUGCUUGUCCAAGAUUGCCAGGCGCUCCGGCCCGAUGGCGCUCUACCAAGGCUUCGGCGUCUCCGUGCAAGGUAUCAUCGUGUACCGCGGUUCUUACUUCGGUCUCUACGACACCGGUAAGGGUGCGCUCCUCACCAAGGAUUCUUCCUUCAUCUUCAAGUUCAUCGUGGCCCAAGUCGCUACCAACGCGGCUGGUGUUCUCUCCUACCCCUUCGACACUGUUCGUCGUCGCUUGAUGAUGAACUCUGGCGCGGGCAAGAAGUUGUACAGCGGCACCGUGGACGCCUUCGUCAAGAUUUAUGCGCAAGAAGGUAUGGGUGCCUUCUUCAAGGGUGCCUUCUCCAACGUUCUUCGUGGCGUCGGUGGUGCGCUCGUGCUCGUGAUGUACGACGAGAUCAAGGCGGUCAUCAACCCGGAAUAG